AUGCCUCUGCUGUUUCUGGAGAGGUUUCCCUGGCCCAGCCUGCAGACCUACACCGCCCUGAGUGUGGCUUUGCUGGCUGGGAGCAUCUUCAGUGCCUACACCACUGUCACUGACCCAGGGUUUGGGGCCUUGGAAUCUGAGGACACCCCAGCCCCCUCUGAUGUGGAUCUGGAACACUUGAGAAAUGCAGUGGGUAGUACAGAACUGGCCAGAACUGUCCUCUGGUAUCUAAUUAACGACACUUUGUUUGUAUGGGUGUUGGUGAACACAUUCUGCUGCUCUUUGAUGUUGAUUGCAAAAAUGAUCCAGUAUGUGGUUUUUGGCCCCCUCAGAGUCAGCGAGAAGCAGCAUCUUAAGGAUAAAUUCUGGAACUUCAUCUUCUACAAGUUCAUUUUCAUAUUUGGAGUGUUGAAUGUGCAAACCGUGGAAGAAGUGGUCAUGUGGUGUUUGUGGUUCUCAGCCUUGGUCUUUCUCCAUCUCAUGGUUCAGCUCUGCAAAGACCGUUUUGAAUAUCUGUCUUUCUCUCCAUCCACCCCAAUGAACAGCCAUGUGAGAGUGCUCUGUCUGCUGGUGUCGCUGCUCCUGGACUGCUGCGGCCUGGCGGUGGUUUGCGGCCUGUUAGGAGCCUCUCAUGGCAUGCAUACUCUCUCAUUUAUGGCUGCAGAGUGUUUGUUGGUGACUGUUCGCACUGGGCACGUUAUACUGAGGUACUCCAUCCAUCUGUGGGAUCUGAACCAUCCAGGAACCUGGGAGAGCAAAGGAACAUAUGUCUACUACACAGACUUCAUAAUGGAGCUGGCUAUGCUCUUUCUGGAUCUUGUACACCAUAUCCAUAUGCUGCUGUUUGGUAACAUCUGGCUGUCCAUGGCGAGCUUGGUUAUCUUUAUGCAGUUGCGAUAUCUUUUCCACGAGGUCCAGCGUCGCAUUCGCAGACACAAGAACUACCUUAGAGUUAUUAACAACAUGGAGGCCAGGUUUGCAGUUGCUACUGCAGAGGAGCUGGCUGCAAAUGAUGACGAUUGUGCCAUCUGCUGGGAUGCCAUGCUGACAGCACGCAAACUACCCUGUGGUCAUCUUUUCCAUAACUCUUGUUUGCGUUCAUGGCUCGAGCAAGACACAUCAUGUCCCACGUGUCGAACCUCGCUGAACAUCAGCGGCGAUGGGGCUCCGGGGAGAAACCCGCAGCAGGGUGCUGGUUUGGAAGACAACAUUGGUCAAGUUGGAGCUGCCCCAGAAGCUCGACCACACAUCAACCAUCACAACCACUUCUUCCACUUUGAUGGGUCUCGCAUUGCCAGCUGGCUGCCCAGUUUUUCAGUUGAAGUAAUGCACACGAACAAUAUUUUGGGCAUGGCUCAGGCCAACAACUCGCAGCUUAUGGCCAUGGCCCAUCAGAUUCAGGAGAUGUUCCCUCAGGUGCCCUCCUACCUUGUUAUUCAGGACCUGCAGCUGACUCGCUCUGUUGAAGUCACCACAGACAACAUUUUGGAAGGACGAAUCCAGGUGCCCUUCCCUGCCCAGGCCAUAGAACGCGCCCCCAUCCAGGGCAGCCCAGCAGCAGAUGAGCAGCCAGGUCCCAGUGGUGGAUCAGAGCAGAACCCCAGUGAGUCAGACAACAUGGAGGCCAGGGGUGGUCGCUUUUCCAAGUCCGCUGAAGAGAGGCAGAAGAUGCUAAAGCUGAGAAAAGAAGAAUUGCUCCAGCAAGCACGCAGGAGAUAUUUGAACAAGGGUCAAGAAGAUCAUGAUGACUUACCCAGACUGGAGGAGGACUCUCUCUCGGAACCGGACUCAAAUGUGCUGAGACGUAGAACCAUGGCAGCUGCUGCAGAGAGACGAAUGCAACUUCAAGAAGAACCUGCACCUUGA